GUAUUGAUAAAUUUUGUAGUCAUUUUAACACUCAUCGAAAAUUUCGAUAACAAGAAUAAUCGGUCAACUUAAGAUAACUCUGGGUGACGUACACGUUGCCUAGUUCAGAUAAAUUAAGUGAAGGAACUAAAUUACAAGUUAAUUUAUGUAUUAAAUUAUCAUCUUUAAUUAAAUAAAUUUCAUUUGAGUUUAUCAUUCACCACUAUUACACAAAAUUUAAUUAUCCAAAAAAUUUUCUCCGGUGUGUUGCCUUCUCACAUCGUUUAAUUGUAUAUAUUUUUCUCUUUCAUUAACAUACAGUUUCUGAGUGUCGACUCUGUCAUUUAUAUUGCAUUAGGUUGUAAAGAAUUAUGAGUGUGUGUGCUUUUUCUUAUAAGUGAAACGAGUGAAGGAAGUUACGCUGGUUUUUCUCUUUUAUUUUUCAUUUUGCUAAAAAAAUCGGUGCGGCUACACAAGAAAAAUAAAAUAUAUCUUAAAAAAGUGUCCAUUGGUGAAUUUUUAGAGGACAAAAUAAGCAUUUGCAUGAAAAGACUUUCAGUGUGUAGCCGUAAAGCCAGACACAGCAGAGCAGUUCAAAAAUUCGUCCACAGUCCACGCGUUUACCAUUUAUAUAUGUUUCAAAACGCUCGUCAUUAGCCAAUAUAGCCAGGUAUCCAACACUUAACUGUUGUCUGCUGUUCGUUUCUUACAGCAGACAUUUAAAAUCAGCCUCCUGUAGGAAAAUAGGAAGCGCGUUUCCACCGACUACAUUGGUUUCGGCAAACUUUAAUCAUUUGCAUUGCAGAGGAAGAAGAAGCAACUCAAUUUCGGAAGAACCCAAGACACCUUUGGGGCAAAGACAAGAGAAGAUAAAAACAAAAUUAUUGGAUUUAAGAUCUUUUUGUCAGCAGUCUCCGAACAUUUGGGAGCAUUCGUUAACUGAAUCAUCUUCAUCAGAUUACAAGACAGAUUCAUCAGUUGAAUUCGACACUGCAACAAUGACCCUACCGAGCGCCGCUCGCGUUUAUACGGAUGUGAAUGCACAUAAGCCGGAUGAGUAUUGGGACUAUGAAAACUAUGUGGUCGAUUGGGCUAAUCAGGAUGAUUAUCAAUUAGUACGAAAAUUGGGACGUGGCAAAUAUUCCGAAGUAUUUGAAGCUAUAAAUAUUACUAACAACGAAAAGUGUGUUGUAAAGAUAUUGAAGCCUGUUAAGAAGAAGAAGAUUAAGCGUGAGAUUAAAAUUUUGGAAAAUUUACGCGGGGGCACCAACAUUAUAACUUUGCUAGCUGUGGUUAAGGAUCCAGUUUCUCGCACUCCAGCCCUCAUUUUUGAGCAUGUCAACAAUACAGAUUUUAAACAAUUGUAUCAAACACUUACAGAUUAUGAAAUUCGUUACUACCUAUUUGAGCUAUUAAAGGCACUCGAUUACUGUCACAGCAUGGGCAUAAUGCAUCGUGACGUAAAACCUCACAACGUAAUGAUUGAUCACGAAAAUCGCAAAUUGCGACUGAUUGAUUGGGGUCUAGCCGAAUUCUAUCACCCCGGACAGGAAUACAAUGUUCGCGUUGCCUCACGUUAUUUUAAGGGACCCGAAUUGCUGGUUGACUACCAGAUGUAUGACUAUUCAUUAGAUAUGUGGUCGCUGGGUUGCAUGUUGGCCUCGAUGAUCUUCCGCAAAGAGCCCUUCUUUCACGGUCAUGAUAACUACGAUCAGCUGGUGCGUAUUGCUAAAGUGCUGGGCACUGAAGAGCUUUACGCCUAUUUGGAUAAGUACAACAUCGAAUUGGAUCCCCGAUUCCAUGACAUCUUGCAGAGACACUCUCGCAAGCGAUGGGAACGUUUUGUUCACUCCGACAACCAGCAUCUUGUAUCACCAGAAGCCCUUGAUUUUCUCGACAAGCUUUUGCGUUACGAUCACGUCGAACGGCUAACUGCCCGUGAGGCCAUGGCACAUCCGUAUUUCGCACCCAUUGUUAACGGCCAAAUGAAGUCGAAUAACCAGCAAUAGGAUUAAAAAGUCGAAAUUAGGAUGAAUGUAGUGUGGAAGUGUGUUAACCAGUCAUCAUCACGCCGUAUUACAGAAUCAGAUAAAAGGAUUGACAAGUUGUAGACAAUUUAUCAUUACAAAAUUAAACUCAAAUUUAUACUAUAUAUAAACAGCAUCAAUAAAACAUAACAAAAGAGAAUAUAACGGCAAUACAAAAAAUCCGCAUAAAUGCAAAAAUUCUCCAUUGUUUGAUGAUGAUGGUGGUGUGUGCAUUCUAUUAAACCAAUAUUGAAUUAUAAUUAAGAGCAGUAACUGCGUUUAAGCAAAAUCCAUUUAACUGAUAAUAUUUAUACAAAAAAUUAAAAUAAUAAAUAAAGAAAUCCAAAAUCAAGAAUAAAUUUAAAUAAAAAAGAAACAUGGAAAAGAA